AUGGAUGCUCGAUUCCUGGCUCGAGGCCUCCAGGCCAGGCCUCUUCUUAUACGCCAAUUGCCUCGCAUGCAGCAACCCUUCAUCCAAAAUACAAUCCGCCACAACUCCUCAAACUCCUCUCCACAAAACUCGUCGGAAACAGCCCCAGUAGCUGCACCCGCGAAACCCGCCCCCUCAGACUUGGACUCAAUCCUCGACAAACUCGACCUAGGCAACCGCCUAAGUUCCAACUCCUCAGAUACCCUCUCCCACGCAAGUCGCCGCCGCCGCUUGUUCACCGAACCAGCUCGACGCUCAAGGGACCCAACGCUACAGCUUUCAUCUCGUAAGACGGAUCUGAAGCUAGGACCUACGCUAGGUCGCCAAGUCCGUGUUGAGCCAGAGCGUGGAUUUGAUCUUGCUUCUGCUAUCCGUACCUUGCAGGUCACUUGCAACCAAAAUAAAAUCAAGCAGAAAUCCAAUGAGCAAAAGUUCCAUGUGCGCAGGGGUGCUAUGAAGAAACAGCUUCGUCGGUCACGAUGGCGCAAGUUGUUCAAGUUCUCGUUCCAGGAGACUGUCAAGAAGAUUCAGCGGAUGCAGGCUCAAGGUUGGUGA